GCAAGUAGGGGGAGGAAUAGAAGGAGAGAAACAAGCAGAGCUGUCCUCUACUCUGAGCAUGGAGCUGGGCUCGGGACUCGAUCUGACAACCUUGAAAUCAUGACCUGAGCUGAAAUCAAGAGUCAGAGGCUUAACCAACUGAGCCACCCAGGUGGUCCGUGAAUAAUCUUUGAUAACUGUUAAUGAUGUCAUGUGGCCUGUGCUUUGGACCGUGGUGCGUACCUAUGCUCCCUAUGUCACAUUUCCUGUGGCCUUUGUGGUCGGGGCUGUGGGUUACCACCUGGAAUGGUUCAUCCGGGGGAAGGAUCCCCAGCCUGUGGAGGAGGAGAAGAGCAUCUCUGAGCGCCGGGAGGACCGCAAGCUGGAUGAACUGCUAGGCAAGGACCAUACCCAGGUGGUGAGCCUUAAGGACAAGCUGGAAUUUGCCCCUAAAGCUGUCCUGAACAGAAACCGCCCGGAGAAGAAUUAACGAAGGACACAGAGCCCUAUGGGUCCUUGUAUGGGCCAUGACUGGCCCUGCCACCAUGUCUACCCUGCUCCAGAACCCACAUGGGAUUUGCUGUGUUGCUCAUUCUUGCCCCUCCCAUACCACCCAGCCCCACAUACACUGGCCGCUCUUCUGUUGCCAGGCGGACACGUGAACAGCUGAGGGGCCAGGAGAGAGGAGGGGCCUUGAGGGUUCUGGCCUGAAGACUGCAUGUGUUGUAUGUGGUCGAAACUGCUCAGGCUUCUGCGCUUCUGGGCGCACUUUGGGGAGGAGUGUCAUGAAAUGAAUGGUGGCUGGCUGUUUCUUUGGGGAGGUACUUUGGCUUCAAGUGGGAGUGGCUGGGGUUGGCAUGCUGCCUUAAGAGGGAUGCCUACAUGCCUAGGUCCAGUGUACACUGGGAAGAAUUCAAAAAGCUGCCUGACUCCCUUCACUAGUUUGCCCUCUUCUUGUACUCAUUCUUCCUGAAAUUCUGUCCUGUCAGCUCAGGAAUGAGACUCCCUGGGGAGAAAAGCCUUUUACUGUCCUUGGAAGCCCAGGCUGUUUGCCUUGGGACAGGUGAAUUUGCUUGAAAACAGACACCCCCCCAUCACUGUAUGGUACAAAACUUCAUUAAAGUUGCACCUGACAACCAUAUUGAUCUAA